AGCUGUGAGAGCUGGCUCUCCUCUACCACAGCCCCAGCUGCUGCUGGAGGAACGGCUGCCCCAGUGAGCGCCGUGUCCCCGCGCCGGAGCCCUCCCCGAGCAGCCGAGCCAGGAGGCGGCGGUCAGAACAGACAGGCAGCGGCCGGAGCCGGGGAGGGUCCGAGCGGGGCAUGGUUUUGUAGAUGUUGACCGAACUUUUGGCUGGGGGAAUCAGGCCGUAGCUGCCGCCGCCGCCGCCGCUUCGGCGGGGGUUAUUGGGCCGGGGGAACCGGGGAAUGCCCAAUAAGCCGAGAGGGAGGGGGCAGAGCGAGUCCCUUCUCCGUUCUUCAUGCCGCCCACUGGCUUAGAGCCCUGCAGGAUGAACAGGAAGAAAGGCGACAAGGGAUUCGAGAGCCCGAGACCGUAUAAACUAACCCACCAGGUGGUUUGCAUCAACAACAUAAACUUCCAGAGAAAGUCUGUUGUGGGCUUUGUGGAACUUACAAUAUUUCCCACAGUUGCAAACUUGAAUAGAAUUAAGUUAAACAGCAAACAAUGCAGAAUAUACAGAGUAAGGGUCAAUGAUUUGGAAGCAGCUUUUAUUUAUAAUGACCCAACACUGGAAGUUUGUCACCAUGAAUCAAAGCAAAGAAAUCUCAACUAUUUCUCCAAUGCUUAUGCUGCUGCAGUGAGUGCUGUUGACCCUGAUGCGGGAAAUGGAGAGCUUUGCAUUAAAGUUCCGUCAGAGCUUUGGAAACAUGUUGAUGAGUUAAAGGUUCUGAAAGUACACAUUAAUUUUUCUUUGGAUCAACCAAAAGGAGGCCUUCAUUUUGUGGUGCCGAACGUAGAAGGAAGCAUGGCAGAGAGAGGUGCCCAUGUUUUCUCUUGUGGAUAUCAGAAUUCUACAAGAUUUUGGUUUCCUUGUGUUGAUUCAUACUCUGAACUAUGUACGUGGAAAUUAGAAUAUACAGUGGAUGCUGCAAUGGUUGCAGUUUCUAAUGGAGAUUUGGUAGAAACUAUUUAUACCCAUGAUAUGCGAAAGAAGACCUUCCAUUACAUGCUUCCUAUUCCAACAGCAGCGUCAAAUAUUUCUUUGGCCAUUGGACCUUUUGAAAUCCUUGUGGAUCCUUACAUGCAUGAAGUAACUCAUUUUUGCUUACCUCAGCUUCUUCCACUACUCAAACAUACCACAUCUUAUCUUCAUGAAGUCUUUGAAUUUUAUGAAGAGAUUCUUACGUGUCGCUACCCAUAUUCCUGUUUUAAGACUGUGUUCAUAGAUGAAGCCUAUGUUGAAGUAGCUGCUUAUGCUUCCAUGAGCAUUUUUAGCACAAACCUUUUGCACAGCGCUAUGAUUAUAGAUGAGACACCACUGACGAGAAGGUGUUUAGCACAGUCGUUAGCGCAACAAUUUUUUGGAUGUUUCAUAUCUAGAAUGUCCUGGUCUGAUGAGUGGGUAUUGAAAGGAAUUUCAGGCUAUAUCUAUGGACUUUGGAUGAAAAAAACCUUUGGUGUUAAUGAGUACCGCCACUGGAUCAAAGAGGAGUUGGACCAAAUAGUGGCAUAUGAACUGAAAACUGGUGGAGUUUUACUACAUCCAAUAUUUGGUGGAGGAAAAGAGAAGGAUAAUCCAGCUUCACAUCUACAUUUUUCAAUAAAACACCCACAUACUCUUUCCUGGGAGUAUUAUACUAUGUUCCAGUGUAAAGCUCACCUUGUAAUGAGGUUGAUUGAAAAUAGAAUAAGUAUGGAGUUCAUGCUACAGGUUUUUAACAAACUACUGAGUUUGGCCAGUACAGCUUCAUCUCAGAAAUUCCAGUCACACAUGUGGAGUCAAAUGUUGGUUUCCACAUCUGGGUUUUUAAAAUCCAUCUCCAAUGUCUCUGGCAAAGACAUCCAGCCUUUAAUAAAGCAAUGGGUAGACCAGAGUGGUGUGGUAAAAUUUUAUGGAAGUUUUGCAUUUAACAGAAAACGAAAUGUUCUCGAAUUAGAAAUAAAGCAAGAUUAUACCUCUCCUGGAACCCAGAAAUAUGUGGGCCCUCUUAAAGUGACAGUGCAAGAGCUAGAUGGAUCUUUUAAUCACACACUGCAAAUUGAAGAAAACAGCCUUAAACAUGAUAUACCCUGCCAUUCUAAAAGCAGAAGGAAUAAAAAGAAAAAAAUUCCAUUGAUGAAUGGUGAAGAAGUUGACAUGGAUCUUUCUGCAAUGGAUGCCGAUUCUCCUUUGCUGUGGAUAAGAAUAGAUCCAGAUAUGUCAGUAUUGAGGAAGGUCGAGUUUGAGCAGUCUGACUUCAUGUGGCAGUAUCAGCUUCGGUAUGAAAGAGAUGUUGUCGCACAAGAGGAAUCCAUUUUAGCUUUGGAAAAAUUUCCCACUCCAGCCUCCAGACUUGCUCUGACAGAUAUAUUAGAGCAAGAACAAUGUUUCUACCGAGUAAGAAUGCUGGCUUGCUUUUGCCUUGCAAAGAUUGCAAAUUCCAUGGUGAGUACAUGGACAGGACCUCCAGCCAUGAAGUCACUCUUCACAAGGAUGUUUUGUUGUAAGACUUGUCCAAACAUUGUGAAAACAAACAACUUCAUGAGUUUCCAAAGCUACUUUUUACAAAAGACCAUGCCAGUUGCUAUGGCUCUGUUGAGAGAUGUUCAUAAUCUAUGUCCCAAAGAAGUCUUAACAUUUAUCUUGGACCUAAUCAAAUAUAAUGAUAACAGGAAAAAUAAGUUUUCAGAUAAUUAUUAUCGUGCAGAAAUGAUUGACGCGCUUGCCAACUCGGUAACACCUGCCGUCAGCGUAAAUAAUGAAGUUAGAACGUUAGAUAACCUAAAUCCGGAUGUUCGACUUAUUCUUGAAGAAAUCACUAGGUUUCUAAAUAUGGAAAAGCUUCUACCCAGCUACAGACACACCAUUACAGUCAGCUGUCUGAGAGCCAUUCGGGUACUACAGAAGAAUGGGCAUGUGCCAAGUGAUCCUGCUCUCUUUAAGUCUUAUGCUGAAUAUGGUCACUUUGUAGAUAUUCGGAUAGCAGCUUUGGAAGCAGUUGUUGAUUACACCAAAGUGGAUAGGAGUUAUGAAGAAUUACAGUGGUUGCUUAACAUGAUUCAGAGUGAUCCUGUGCCCUAUGUAAGGCACAAGAUUUUAAACAUGCUUACUAGGAAUCCACCAUUCACCAAGAACAUGGAUUCUCCCUUAUGCAACGAAGCACUAGUAGACCAACUUUGGAAACUUAUGAAUUCAGGUACUUCACACGAUUGGAGACUAAGAUGUGGCGCUGUAGAUCUGUACUUCACUCUCUUUGGUCUCAGCAGACCUUCUUGUUUGCCGUUACCUGAGCUUGGAUUGGUUCUUAAUUUGAAAGAGAAAAAGGCUGUGCUGAAUCCUACCAUCAUCCCUGAGGCAGUAGCAGGCAGCCAAGAGCCUGUGAGCAAUCUAAACAGUCAUGCACAGUUGAUUGGAUUUCAGAAUGCUGAAGAAGAUCACCUUGCCAAGGAAGCAUCAGCUAAUUUAUCAGCUCAUCAACAGGGAGUGAAGAGGAAAUCUGACACACCACUGGGGUCCCCACUAGAACCUGGUCAAAUAUUGGAGAAGAAUGACGAUAACAGUAAAGUGAAACUCAAAAUCAGAUUCUCAAAUUCUCAGGAGGAGGAGGAGGUUGACAUGGAUACUGUUCAUGAUAGUCAAGCUUUUAUUUAUCAUCAUUUGAACAUGCUGGAAAGGCCAUCAACUCCAGGUCUUUCAAAAUUGAGGCCACCUAGCUCCCGCUCUGCUUUGAUGCCUCAACAUUCACCAGGCUGUGAUGUCACAGCUUCUACAAAACCUCAGUGGGGUGUGGAUAUGUCUCGCAAAGGAAUAGGUAAAGAACAAUCUUCUUUGGAGAUGAGUGUGCUGUCGGUACCAACCACACCACUCUCAGUGUUCACUAAAGAGCCAAGCUCAUCCAAACACAGUGACCACCAUCAUCACCAUCACCAUGAACAUAAGAAAAAGAAGAAAAAGCACAAACAUAAGCAUAAACACAAGCAUAAGCAUGACAGCAAAGAAAAAGAAAAGGAACCUUUCACUUUUUCUAAUAGUCCAGCCAGCGGCCGGUCAGUUCGUUCGCCAUCUCUGUCUGAUUGAAGGCUGUGACAGAGAGGACUUGUCUGGAGAACGUAGAGUAUUGUCCUCUGAAGAAUAGUCCCAAAAGGAGUGUUGCCUCACCUGAAAUUUCAGAAUCAAAUUCUAAACAUUUGAUUUACAUUACUUUUAGUUAUGUAAUUGAACUGUUAUUAGGAAAAGGUAUUUUCUGGUUCCAGGUAAACAAUUUCAUUCCCUUUCUUCCUUUAAAACAAUUUAGAAAACUUCUCUCUCUUCGUAAGAGCCCCCAUGCGCAUAGGCUGUCCCCCUACAUAUCAUGCUUUUCAUGUGUACUGUCAGAGUCAAUUAUGUUUUAUAGCUUUGGAUGGAUGUUGUGAAGCAAAGUUAUGUUUUAAACAGAAGCCACUGCCAGAUCUGUGGUGAAGCCACUGUUUCCAGUACAGUAUUAUAUAACAGCAUUUGGACUUACCGAGAAGACAAAGGCUUUCCCUAUAGCUGUUUUUUCCAUUGCAGUGUCUUUGUAUUAACAUCUGAAAUUGAGCAUCAGAAUUUAUGAGAGAGAAUAAAUUAUUUUCUUUCUCCCUUAAAAACCAAAUUCUUAGGAUGCAGAUUUUUAUUAUGAAUAUCUACAUUUUAAAAUUCGCAAUUAUGUAAUUAUGUUGUUGUAAUUUUAUGAGAAAUUACCUAAUACGUGAUGAGUCCCUAAAUCAAGAUUUUAUAAUUGCAAUAAAGUUUGCCUUUUUUUUUUUUUUGGUGAGGUGGCUUUUUUCUUCAUUAAAUGUAAUUAUAUAUGUACAUAUAUAUGUAUAUGUAUAAAAUAUUCUUUGCUAAAUAUCGGCAGUCUUGAAAUGGAUAAGUACCAACACAUGCUCUUGUUGACAUAUAUUUCAAAAUGUCUGUGCUUUUUCUAUAGUGCAAAGUUAUCCCUGAGUUAACAGUGGUUUGGAACUUUUAAAAGGUAAAUUUACCUAUUAACAGUGUCAUCCAUAAUUUGGCACUCAUGUGAGCACGCACCAUAUUUCCAUUUUUAAAAUACAUAGGAAACAAUUUGGUAAUAUAAUUUAAUCAUUAUAUUGUAAUGGGUUUGCCUUUAUUUUCAUUGACCUUACUACUUUCCUUCCUUUACCUUUUAGUUCAAAGAGCAGUGUUUUUAUUUUUUAACAUUUUCUCCCUCUUGAUAGGGAGAUGAAAAAUAAAAAUAAUUUAAAAAUGCUUCUUCACAGUAAAGAUAUUUCAAAGGGGACCCAAUAAUAUACUUUUUACAAUAGAACUUUUAGUUCCAUUUUGUUGUGUUUGAAAAAUGUUAAUAAAUGCUUUUUUAUGAAC